AGAUGCAGAUUUUCGUAAAAACCCUCACGGGGAAGACCAUCACGCUCGAGGUUGAACCCUCGGACACAAUCGAGAAUGUGAAGGCCAAGAUCCAGGACAAGGAAGGAAUUCCUCCUGAUCAGCAGAGACUCAUCUUUGCUGGAAAACAGCUGGAAGAUGGGCGGACCCUGUCUGACUACAACAUCCAGAAGGAGUCCACUCUUCACCUUGUAUUGAGACUUCGUGGUGGUGCUAAGAAAAGGAAGAAGAAGUCUUACACCACUCCCAAGAAGAAUAAGCAUAAGAGAAAGAAGGUUAAGCUGGCUGUUCUGAAAUACUACAAGGUGGAUGAGAAUGGCAAAAUUAGUCGCCUUCGUCGGGAGUGUCCUUCAGAUGAAUGUGGUGCUGGAGUCUUCAUGGCCAGCCACUUUCACAGACACUACUGUGGCAAGUGCUGUCUGACUUACUGCUUCAACAAACCAGAGGACAAGUAAUUAUGAGUUAAUAAAAGACAGUGAAUUAA